AUGUGCCCGGCGCCUCUGACUCCCCGAUCGGGGAGUGUGCUCGCGUCGUCCUCCCCUCGUCUUCCUUUGACCUCAUUCAUCGUGGCGUCCGCUCUCAAUUUCCAGCGAACAAAAGCGCGCGCGCGCUCUACCUCCUACCAACCACCGCCUCCUUCGUUCACCACCGGAUUCUCCCCGUCCACCACCACCGAAUUCUCCCCAUUCUCCACCACCAGAUUCUCCCCGCUCAAAUCGAUUCUGCAGGCCUCCCACAUCCGCCAUGCACGCACGCCCUCACCCGAUCACAAUGGCUUGCGAGCGAGCGAACGCAUGCAAAACACGGCGAUGGGUCAGCGGCGACGCAGCAGGAGGGCCAGUCGUUGGGUCUCAGGGAGUGGGUAUGUGGGCCAGAGCGGACGUAGGGCGGGUUGGGACGCUAUGCUAGGUGAGCCGUCGUCAUUCUCGCCCUUCUACAGCGUACCGGUGCGUGCGCUCGCGUCCCUCACCACCACGGCGUGCAAACACGCCGUGUCGUUCGUUCGCCGCUACCACAUUCCCCGCACGGAACGAGACGACUCCAUCGCGUACGGCCACGCUAUCAUCGCCGUCAACGUAGCGUCACGAACGCGCGCACGUCUACAAGGCCGGCCCACUGUCGCCAGCGGUGCCGCAGCAGGAGGGCGAGGUGGGGAUCUCACGGAGCGCGUAGGUGGGCGAGAGCGGACGUAG